UUUGUGCUACAACUAAUCAUUGCUGUAUUAAACAGUUAAUCGCGUUGCCUUGAGGGUAUCUGUUAUAGGUAACACAUUGAAUCAUUACUUUUAUCGGACAAAAUUAUAGAUAGCAGUUUGCUAACAAAUUUCAAGUUAGAAAUUCGUGUAAAGCUCACAAAACAGAAAAAUAAAAGUUAUUGUGUCAAGAAACAGUGUGAACAUCGACAAAAUUCUCUUACAUCGGAAAACAGUCGACCAUCGACGCAACAAUGGACUCAGCUUUAGAAUUCCUAGAUGACCAUCUGUUCGAUGACAUUUAUUCUAAACUUUUUCCGGUCUCGUCGAACGAAACAGUCGAAACGAUUAUUUCAACUCUUCCACGUAACAAUGACAUUCGAAUUUGCAUGUCUCUGUUUACGUUCAUAACGGUGGGCGGAUGGUUUUUCUACUUGUCUGCAGCUUGUUUCUCGUACUUCGUCUUCUUUGACCAUGAAACGAUGAAACAUCCAAAGUUUCUGAAGAAUCAGGUCCGCCAAGAGAUUGAAUGUGCUGUGAAAGCUGUGCCUGUUAUCAGUAUUUUAACUGUACCGUGGUUCUGGGGUGAGGUUAAGGGAUACUCUAAAUUGUACGAGAACUCUACGUCCUACGGUGGUUGGACGUAUAUGAUAUUCAGCAUUGGCCUUUUUCUUUUUAUCACCGACUGUUUAAUUUAUUGGAUACAUCGGUACCUUCAUCACCCAUACGUUUACAAGUGGUUGCACAAGCCGCAUCACAAAUGGAUUGUACCCACUCCAUUUGCAUCACAUGCAUUCCAUCCAUUAGACGGCUACUUACAGUCAGUACCUUAUCACUUGUUUGUCUACUUGGUACCUAUGCAAAAGUGGCUGUACAUCGUAAUGUUCAUAUUUGUGAAUUUCUGGACUGUGGCCAUACAUGACGGUAAUUUUAUGCUACGUUCGACGAUCAUUAACUCAAGUGCACAUCAUGCCGUUCAUCAUCUGUAUUUCAACUACAAUUAUGGACAAUACUUCACGUUAUGGGAUCGGGUAGGCGGUUCACAUCGUCAACCAACGGAAGAACAGUACAAUGACAUAAUUCGUAACGACAAGGACGUUUGGACCAAACAAGCCCAUUUUGUUGACUCCGUCGAAGAGAAACAGACUUCGAAAAGUAAGAAACAGUAAUUUAUGUUUAUAGGCUGGUCUGGCCUGACGCUCAGUGGCUCUUAAAAUGUGAAUGAAAGCAAUAAAU